AUGGACAUCCAAAAGGUAUGAAGAGUUGCUUUGCAGCCCAUAAUUGUAUCACUAUGAAUUGCCUUUUCUGGGACAAUAAAGGCUUGCUUAACUUGGCCUCAGAAACACUGGGAAACAUCAAGCAGUAGCAGGGUUUUCUCUCAUUCCACGGCCACCCUACAUACUUCAGAGUCCAAGAUCAUCAUCAAUCUCUCUUUGGUUCUCUCCAUCCCUCCAGCCAUCCUUCUCCCAAUCUCUCAUGGAUGUGAAUUUUCCAGAAUUAUUCAAGAAUUCCUGUUUAUCGAACACUACUCCAUUCACAUAUAAUUGAAACUGUCCUAUCCCUAGCCAAAAUCCAGAUUAUCCAGAUUUUCUAUGAAUACAGGAAUAAUUCGAUAUUAAACUGAUUGUGGUAGUAGGCAGAUUAUGCAAUUGUCAUGUAAACACAUUACUCUGCUUAUCUUAAUCGGUGUAAAGUCAAAUUAAAACACCUGGUUUUCUGAGCAAUCGUUGAAAUUGUUAGAACAUGUAAACACCUUAAUCGGCGUUCCAGCUGUGUAUUUGAUCUGCGCAUGUGCCAGCACCGGUAGUUCAAGCCUCCCUCUUUAGCGAGAGUGAAGUGAGUUCGGAAAAACAAAUGAAUGUAUGCGUCUUAGAAAUCUACUGAACAAAAAUAUAAAUGCAACAUGCAACAAUUUCAAAGAUUACAGUUCAUAUGAGUAUAUUAGUCAAUUGAAAGACUCAUUAGGCCAUAAUCUAUGGAUUUCACAUGACUGGGAAUACAGAUAUGCAUCUGUUGGUCACAGAUACCUUUAAAAAAAAAAUGUGGCCUCACAAUGGGCCUCAGGAUCUAGUAACGGUAUUUUUGUGCAUUCAAAUUGCCAUCGAUAAAAUGCAAUUGUGUUCGUUGUCCGUAGCUUAUGCCUGUCCAUACCAUAACCCGACCGCCACCAUGGGGCACUCGUUCACAAUGUUGACAUCAGUAAACCGCUCACCCAUGCCGACGCCAUACACAUGGUCUGCGGUUGCCAAAUUCUCUAAAAUGACGUUGGUAGAGAACUUAACAUUAAAUUAUCUGGCAACAGCUCUGGUGGACAUUCCUGCAGUCAGCAUGCCAAUUGCACGCUCCCUUAAAAAUUGAGACUUCUGUGGCAUUGUGUUGUGUGACAAAACUGCACAUUUUAGAGUGGCCUUUUAUUGUCCCCAGCACAAGGUGCACCUGUGUAGUGAUCAUGCUGUUUAAUCAGUUUCUUGACGUGCCACACCUGUCAGGUUGAUGGAUUAUCUUGGCAAAGGAAAUAUGCUCACUAACAGGGAUGUAAACACAUUUUGUGCACGUAACUUGAGAGAAAUAAGCUUUUUUGUGCGUAUGGAACAUUUCUUUGAUAUUUUAUUUCACUUUAUGAAACAUGGGACCAACACUUUAAUGUUGCAUUUAUAUUAUUUAAAAAUAACAUGGGCGCUGUGGUAGAACAUUUAUUUUGAUUGGCGAGCUUCUGCAUUUAUCAGAGUGCCAUCAGGUAGCCUUAUUUCAUAUGUGUCCAUGUAAACAGGAUUAUUAGGGAAAUCGUUCUUCUUGCAAAGCAUGUAAACUUUUGAAUCUAACUAUUAUAUUAAUCUAUCCACAAUAAUAACAUUAUUGUGUGCAUGUAACCAUACUCUAUGUUGUAGUAAUAAUCUCUGUUGGCUUUUCUCCUCCUCCAUCACUCCAUCCAUCCCUCCUCCGCUCCAUCCAUCACUCCUUCUCUCCAUCCAUCCCUCCUUCCCUUCAUCCCUCUCUCCAGACACAGAGCCUGGUGUCAGAAGCGGCCAGGAAGAAGGAGAGGGACCUGGUGUCCAGGGAGAUCGAACGCCUACGCACGUCCAUCCAGACGGUGUGCCGCAGCGCCCUGCCCCUGGGCAAGAUCAUGGACUACAUCCAGGAGGACAUGGAUGCCAUGCAGAACGAGCUACACACCUGGAGGAGGGAGAACAAGGAGCAUGCACAGGCCCUGCUGCAGGAACAGAGGUUAGAGGGCUACACACACACACACAUAGACACAUACAUACAAACAUACACACACUUUACACACUUUAGUCUGAAGGAGGGAGAAAAAGGGGCAUGCACAGGCCCUGCUGCAGCAACAGAUGUAGAAAACCACCAACACACACUCACACAUUCACCCACACACACACACACAGGACUUGGCGGACAUCACAUGUUGAGGUGUGUGUCAUUUCCAGAGUGACAGACAGCGCGGUGGAGCCUCUGAAGGCCGAGCUAGCCGAGCUGGAGCAGCUGAUCAAGGAGCAGCAGGACAAGAUCUGCGCCGUCAAGUCCAACGUCCUGAAGAAUGAGGAUAAGAUCCAGAAGAUGGUGACCAGCAUCAACUUCUCUUCGCGAACAUGA